ACACACACACUGACAAAGCCCUCAAACAUGUUGGUAGUCUCGUAUACAUUCACUCUCUCAGUUUUACCUCCAUCUGAUUGAGUACCUUUUCAUUCUUGGGUACUCAGCAGCAGUCUCUGUCCAUCUCUCUCUCUCUCACACACACACACACACACACACUUACACACCCUCUGGAAGGAACCCUGCAGUUGCGGCUGCAGCACUCUGGAUAUGCCGGAUCAUCUGCUCUGAGGUGGGAGAUGGGCUUGAGAGCUUGUGUAUCACUAGGAUGAAGUGUUUCCUUGUGGAUACGGAUACAAAGACUCUAGCAACUGUCACAGACGGAGCUGUAUAAGCCGGAAACGCAAGGAGGAAAGGGACAGUCUCGUCCCUAAGAGGAACGCUACCAGCAGUGGAAAGGACAAGAAACGGACAGAUUCCAGCAGACGUUCAGCCAUGCAUGGCUCCACCCUUAUAUUCAUCCUCAUUGGGGUGCUCCUGUACUUGAUGAUGGGGGCUUUGGUGUUCAAUGCCCUGGAGGCUCCAAAUGAGGAAAGCCAAUAUGACAAGCUGCAAAUUACCCGUCAGGAGUUCUUGGGCAACUACACAUGUGUAGACCCAAAGCAUCUAACAGAUCUGAUAGAUGUGCUGACUGAAGCUGUCAGGGUUGGAGUUAACCCCAAAAGUAAUACCACAUUCAGCACCAGUUGGGACCUGGCCAGCGCUUUCUUCUUCUGUGGCACCAUUGUCACCACCAUUGGUUAUGGGAACAUUUCUCCAAAGACUAAGUGGGGACAGCUCUUCUGUAUCUGCUAUACGCUGUUUGGCAUUCCUUUGUUUGGAUUUCUAUUGGCUGCCGCAGGAGACCAUCUGGGGACAUCGCUGAGGAAGGCCAUUGCUAAAGUUGAAGCUCUUUUAUGGAAGUGGAAGGUGAGCCCGACCAUUGUACGUGUCAUCACCGCUGUGCUGUCCAUCCUGCUGGGCUGUGUUCUCUUCAUCUUUGUGCCAAUUUUAGUCUUCCAGAGAGUUGAAAAUUGGAAUUGGCUAGAAUCUGCCUACUUUGUAGUCAUCACCCUCACUACAGUGGGCUUUGGAGACUAUGUUGCAGGUGAUACAAUUCAAGAGCAUUGGUACAAGCCUCUGGUGUGGUUCUGGGUUUUGUUUGGAUUGGCCUACUUUGUGUCCAUUCUUUCCAUGAUUGGGAAUUGGAUCCUUGUUCUUACCAAAAAAACCCGAGCUGAGAUGGAGGGGUUAAGAGCACAUGCCUCAGACUGGACUCAGAACAUCCAGAACAUGUCUGUGGAUUUCAACAUGUCUGGAAAAUUUGAAGAUCCUUUCAAGCGCACCAGGCGAAAGCGGCGCCACAGGCGCCACAGACACGAUGGCAGUCAGGAUAGAGCCGGAGAGGAUGGCAAAGAGGAGAAUGAAUCCGAAUCCGGCUCCAGCUCCUAUUCUGGUUCAUCGGAUGAGUCGGAAAGCAGCUCUGAGUCCCAAUCAGAGUUAACCCAAACAGACCGGGUCCCGGAAGGAGGGGGUAGCGACAAGGGCAAAGAUUCAGUGAAAGAAGAAGAAAAACUUCAUGCCAAGCCCAAAGAUCCCGUCCUCUCUCAGCCCUUGGAUUACCUUGGGGAAAAUCUUGCGUACAUCGAUGAGUCUUCAGAUGCAGUGAGUGGCAAGGUUCACCUGGUACCCCUGCUGGAUGUACCAGAAUCGAACCCAGCUUCCACAGACAGGCGCAAAAGGAGACGUCAAAGGAGACACUUGAGAAGGGAUCAACAGAAACUCAAGACUCCCAAAACCAGUCCAAAUGAACCAGAGAAUAAAAAGCCAAAUGGAGACAUUAGACCGAAAGAUCCACCUAUGCCAAAGCUGUGAGCAUCAAGGUGUUCAUGGGGUUUGUAGCCCCUUAGGAAAGCCUCUCUGGAAUAAAGUUUUGCAACAUUUGCUAGCUUUAGAAAAUGCUGCGCUCUACUGAAGGCACCUGGCAUUAUUCUCAGAUUUUAUUACUAAAUAAGGAACUAAAUAAGAAACUAUACAUGUGCAUAAAAUGAAAGGGGGGUGGGGUGGGGUGUUAAGUGUGGUCAAAUCUUGGACCCCUGAGCAUGAGUGAGAUUUUAUUGGGUAAUCAGAUAGGGGCCUGAUGUGCAGGAAGGCCAAGGUGACCAGACACUUAGUGCCAUCUACUGGACGACCACUGCACAUGACCGGUUUAUUUGUUUAUGGAUGCAAUGACCAUCAGUAAAUGUUUGAUUUCAGUGUGCCUUUUGCUACUUUCCUAAUAUCAGAAUAGUAAAUGGAUGACAACUUGUUACUAA